UCUUCCGGUCUCAUUUGAGAAACACCACAGUAAAGGAGAGCUGCGUUCUGUGUCCAAUUCUUCUCGACCGUCAUGUCUUACACGGCCGGGUCUUAUAUGGCCAAGUCCUAUGCGGACAAAUCCUAUGGGGGCAGUGCAUACACGGGCUAUCCGGAUGAGAAGUCGGCGAAGGAAAUGUACGAGGAGCAGCUGAAGACCGAGAAGAGGAAGAGACGGGAAUCCAUGUGCUGUGAGGUGGUGGCGCUGGUCAUAGGCUUUCUUGGACUGAUCGGCGUUGCCGCCGUCACGGGCCUCCCGAUGUGGAAGGUGACGGCGUUCAUCCAGGAGAACAUCAUCGUGAUGGAGACACGUUGGGAGGGCUUGUGGAUGAACUGCUUCCGGCAAGCCAACAUCCGUAUGCAGUGCAAAGUCUAUGAUUCUUUGCUGUUUCUUCCAUCCGACCUCCAGGCUGCCAGGGGUCUCAUGUGCACCUCCGUCGCUUUGUCUGCCUUCGCCUGCAUCGUGUCAGCCGUAGGAAUGCGCUGUACCCGUCUGGUGGACUCCCGUCCCAAGACCAAGCACAUUGUUUUGGUGAGUGGAGGGUGUUUGUUCCUUGCUGGCUGCUUGACCACCAUCAUUCCUGUGUCGUGGACGGCUCACGUGAUCAUCCAGGACUUCUACAACCCCUUGUUGAUCGACGCCCAACGCAGAGAGCUCGGGGAGGCCCUCUACAUCGGAUGGGUCACUUCGGCUUUGCUCUUCAGUGCCGGGGUGAUUCUGCUCUGUCGACAUGCACCACGGACACAGGACAAAAUGGACAUGGCUGCUGUGAUGUACCGUGCCGGAUCGGCCCCAUAUAACUACUCCUACGGGCCCGGAUAUGGAUACCAGCCUGCAUACGGAUACCAACCCGCAUAUAACUAUCAACCGACCUAUUCUCCCAUCCCGACGAUCUAUAACCCGCCAAGAGUCUGAAACACACAGUGAGUGCUGCACUUUACCACUAAAAUCUCCCAUAGAGACUCUGGUGCAGAAAGAACUUGAAUUGGGAACGAUCUGCAUUAACAUUCAGAAGGAAACAGGACUGAUGGAGCCUCUUUGUUGAUCACAUAUGACUGUAUAUGUGAUGCUUGAUUUUGAAUGCAUUUCCUUCUUGCCUAUAUUAUAAAAGACUGUUCAUAAUUUACAUUUGUACAAAAAUAAGAUGAAAUGUGCUAAAUUUAAAAACAGCAACAUGGGAUAUGUCCACACAGCAUUUAAAUGAUUUAAUGUUGACUCUUUUUUUUCACUUUGUACAUUUUUAAAGCACUGGUUUGACUUAAGUUGUAUUGUAUUGUAAAAAGAUAAAAGAAAUAAAUAAAUGUGUAAAAAGAAUACUA